AACCAAAGAGGGAACUCCCAGAGAUGAGUCCUUGGCUAUCUCAUGUGGUGAUGCAUCAGAAGGGCUUGAAGAAAGCCCAGCUUGUUGCUUGCGCUGAAAUUACGUACUGGAACCCUGUGCUUCAGAGUUUCCCCGGCUGCCUACGGGGGGGCCGGGCUGGAAUGUGCUUUCCCUGAUGUGUGACUUGGACUGUGGAAGCCUUUUUUGUCCCUGAGGAGCUGGAGACUGUCCACAGCUGGCUGUGGGUGGAGAGUCCUCGACCUUUUGCCCAUCCAGCCUUCUCCAGGGUGAUGACUCCUGUCUCCUGAGACGUUGGAAAACCUAGUUUGGAGGAAGAGUAAGGAUACAGUUGAUGCUGAACUACAGCCGAGGAUGAAGCGGCGAGCAUCGGACAGAGGAGCUGGGGAAACAUCCGCCAAGGCAAAGGCUCUGUGCGCGGGGAUUUCUGGGAAUAACGCCAAGAGAGCAGGUCCUUUCAUCCUGGGUCCACGUUUAGGUAACUCCCCUGUGCCAAGUAUUGUUCAGUGUUUGGCAAGAAAGGACGGGACAGAUGACUUUUAUCAGCUGAAGAUUCUCACCUUAGAAGAAAGGGGUGAUAAAGGAAUAGAAACCCAGGAGGAGCGACAGGGCAAGAUGCUGCUGCACACGGAGUAUUCUCUCCUUUCCCUGCUCCACAACCAGGAAGGAGUGGUCCAUCAUCACGGGCUCUUCCAGGACCGGGCCUGUGAAAUUAUAGAAGAUCUGGAAGCCAACAGGAUGGUGAGGAAGAUGAAGAAGCGCAUUUGCCUGGUGCUGGACUGUCUCUGUGCUCACGAUUUCAGUGACAAAACAGCAGAUCUGAUCAAUCUGCAGCAUUAUGUCAUUAAAGAGAAGAGACUCAGCGAGCGGGAGACAGUGGUGAUAUUUUAUGACGUGGUACGAGUGGUAGAAGCAUUACACAAGAAAAAUAUUGUGCACAGAGACUUGAAACUAGGAAACAUGGUGCUAAAUAAAAGGACUCAUCGGAUCACCAUCACCAACUUCUGCCUGGGGAAGCACCUGGUGAGUGAGGACGACCUGCUGAAGGACCAGCGUGGGAGCCCUGCCUACAUCAGCCCGGACGUGCUCAGUGGUCGGCCGUACCGUGGGAAGCCCAGCGACAUGUGGGCACUGGGGGUGGUGCUGUUCACGAUGCUCUACGGCCAGUUCCCCUUCUACGACAGCAUACCUCAGGAGCUCUUCCGCAAAAUCAAGGCUGCCGAGUACACCAUCCCCGAGGAUGGCCGGGUCUCAGAAAACACUGUGUGCUUGAUCCGGAAACUGCUGGUCCUGGACCCGCAGCAGCGGCUGACAGCUUCUGAAGUGCUGGAUUCCCUCAGCUCCAUCAUAGCGUCCUGGCAGUCCAUGUCCUCGCUGAGUGGCCCUUUGCAAGUGGUGCCGGACAUCGAUGACCAAGUGGCUAAUCCUGAAAACCCCCAGGAGGUGAAGGUGACGGAGGAGUGCUCCCAGUACGAGUUCGAGAACUACAUGAGGCAGCAGCUGCUCUUGGCUGAGGAGAAGAACACCUUGCAUGAGGCCAAGAGCUUCCUGCAGAAGCGGCAGUUCGGGAACAUCCCCCCGGUGCGGCGCCUGGGCCACGACGCGCAGCCCAUGAACCCCCUGGACGCGGCCAUCCUGGCCCAGAGGUACCUCCGGAAGUAGCUCCCCACGCCCCGAGAGCACGAGCACCACCCUGCAGUCUGCCUUCACCUGCCUGCUCCAGCCUACAGCAAUACCGGUGUCCCACGACGGGGAAUUAUGUAGCAAAUCCCAAGCUCUGUCCAGGGACACGCACUCACACCCGCUCCGGAGGGAGAAGACUUUUGGAAAAGCUAGUUUUGGAAGCAGCAAACCUCUUGGCAUCUUCUGGAAUCUGUUUUUUAAAAUCGAAGCCUAGAUGACUAAUCUGCUUUUAAUCAUGACUGUAAUCUA